AUGCUUCUAAAUUCCAUAUUCAUCUCUAUAUUAGUUACAUUAUAUCAAACUCAGGGAGAAAGUUUAAUUCAAAAUCAAACUGUAUCGGUUAUAAAUGAUUUGUUAAAUAGUUUAAGUCCCUUUUUGAGUUAUGUGAAAAAUUUUGCAACGAUUACAACAGAGGCUAAUUUUAAUUCAAAGAUGGAAGAGGAGAAAUUAACUGAUAUUGUCCAAAUUCCAAGAUCAGGAAAUAUUUAUAAUGCUGGUUGUUCGCUUUCUCUACGCAAUGAUCUCAAGAAUGCCAAAAUGCCUUUAUUGAUUACACCUGGAACCACUUUAUUCUAUCCUUAUGAUGAGAAUGGUUUUAUUAAUGUCAAUUUUAAUAGAGCAAUUGAAUUAGUUUGUACACGUGGAUUUGCUAACCCAGAUCAACCUUCGACAACAAUUACAUUUGCAUUUUGCACAGUAGCCUGCACUGGCUGGAAUGAUGUGACGGUUGCCAAUUUAAGCAACAGCUGUAAUGGCGGCACUAAAUUUUUAGAUGUGGGCUUCCAAUUAGCUCCCAUGCGUUUUGCCAGUGUAUAUCAAGUGUGUUUUAAUGAAGAGUAUGAGGUAACCCGUUAUGUCCAGCAUACCUUGUAUAAGGGUGCUAAUAAUUAUCAAAAUUCCGAGAGGCCCAAUAAAUUUCUAAAGGCAGGUUUCUUUGGUGGCGAAGAAUUAGAUGUCAUAUAUACGAAACAAACACAAAGGGUUUUACUUAAUCGAGUUUUGGGUCAAGAUUCUACAAAAUAUUUUAAUGACAAUAAUUACUAUUUGUCUAAAGGUCAUUUGGCGGCUAAAGCCGAUUUUGUUUAUGCCAGCCAACAGAGAACAACAUUUCUCUACAUUAAUACUGCUCCUCAGUGGCAAUCCUUUAAUGGUGGCAACUGGUUAGCAGUCGAGAAUGGGCUACGACAAUGGGUGGAUACCAAAAAACGAGACUUGCUUUGUUGGACGGGUGUUUAUGGUGUCACCAGUUUGACCGGUGAAAUGAUGACCGAUGUUGAACUUUUCUUAUAUGAAGAUAAUGAUAAACAUUUUCAUUUACCCAUACCCAAACUAUUUUUCCGUGUAGCUAUUGAACCGAUUAGUAAACUUGGUGUGGUCCUAGUGGGUGUUAAUAAUCCUCAUGUUUCUUUAGAUGUUAUUAAACGGAGCUAUGUGUUGUGUGAAGAUGUUUCGCAUAAAAUUUCUUAUAUUAACUGGAAGCGACUUGACCUUAAAAAUGGUUAUUCCUAUGCCUGCGAAGUCAAUGAAUUUCGAAAAGUUGUAACACAUUUACCAACGUUUGAUGUGCGGGGAUUGCUUGUUUAA